CAUGAAGAGUAUCAACAGUUUGAGAAUAGUGAGUGCAAUGGAAGUGACAUUAUGAGAGUCCUAUCUCGCAUCUUGCAUUGAUUGUAGUUCCUGCUGUAUGCUGAUAUCUAUACUUUUACUCUCGUACAGAAAUGCACGGGGAAGAAGCUCAAAUUGCCUGGCUUUGAGUGCAUUUAAGAGUGCGUUGAAAAAGGAAUGCUGUAGGCUCGCGCUCAGUUGUGUUUCAUUUGUCUUCAAGUCUGUAUCAAAAGGAUAUCCAGAUAUCCAGGUAGAUAUAUCACGGACAGUAUUUGUCUAUAUAAUAUCAUUCCAUUUCUCUGAGAACAGAUUCCCUAUCCUGUUCCGUAUUGUUGUUUUAUCAGUCUGCGCCUAUGCACUGCUACUGUAUAGAAAUUAAAUACUCUCGUAUCAUGUGUGUACGAAUUUUUGAGAUGGUAUAUUUUCAAAUAUAAUAUUAUCACAGCAACUACUAUCUCAGAGAUAUGAUGCGCUCCCUCUGGAAGUAUUCUUUCCGUUUCACGAGAUGUGUACAGUCAUAUCUAUCUCAUUCGCAAAUAUGAACUUUAAUGUAGAAGUUAUUUGAUUUUCCAUUUGCUUUACUCUGACGAACUAUUUGAAAGAUAUGGUAUGUUGCACACGAACCUUAUAGUUCUGAACAAGCAAUAAUGAUGUGCGUGCGUAUAGCAUGAGGACUAAUAGUCUCAUAUAGCCAUAUAAAUGGUUCGCGCGAGGUAUGCAACAGGUGAGGUAUAAAUUCAUGUGCCUGCUCAUGUCUUUUCUCUUGCAUCUGAGUACCAGUAUAUCAUAGCCUACUCUUUUAGGACCUACGGUUGAAGAAAUCCACAAUAGCAAACCUGCACACAUACUAUACUGAAUAUACUGAAACACACUGACGCACACAUAUGUUUGUGUCAAAGUCGUACAUGUAUAGCUAUAUAUAUAUAUAUAUUAUAUAUACAUAGAUAUACAUAUAAAAUUACAUACAUAUAUAUAUAUAUAUAUAUAUAUGUAUAUAUGUGGGUUUUUCUGUUUGUGCUUUUCUUAGUUUUAUUUUAAAACGCGCUCCUAUACUGGAUAAUUUCAUAGAGGUAUUCGCAUUCAAUCUUCUGCGCGAGUAGGCGAUCAUAUAUUCUAAUCUAUUGCCGUUUUUGUAUCGUAUUUGUCUUUUACCAUUUUCAGGCGAAGCUAGACUAACGGGACAAAAUAUUUGAUUAGGUCAAUUCAGCAUCUACAGCUGAAGCAUGGGAAAAUGUCUUCCGAGAUCGUUCAUGAGCAGAGUUCUCAAUUGAUUGUAGUAAAGCCCAUCAGCAGAGCGACUGUAAUCUUGGGUGUGAGAGAAAAGAGCGGAACGACCGACGAACAUACAGCCUAUAAGAUCGUGUGCGAAAAACCGGGCGGCAGCAGAUAUGUAGUGCUCAAACGCUUCAGCGAUUUCUACCGACUGCGGACGGCAGUCACGAAAACAUUAGGGCGUAUAGACCCAGGCAUCAAGACAAUUAUCGGUCAUGCACUCUACGCCUUCCCGAAGCGGCGAUAUUUCAAUAACCUCUCCGACGAGAUGGACACAGACACGGUUAAAGCCAUGCAACGAACCUCUGGUAUGGCCACGAACGUACUUCCAACGAGUCGUGUAUCACAAGUAAAACUAUACAUUGCAUUGUAUCUCACAUCCGAGUUGAGUAGCGAAGAUCACGGACGCGAGUGA